AUUCUGCGCCAAGAGGUCGCGAGGGGCAGCUACGAGCCAUCUGAAGCGGUCUCUCCACCCACUUUCCACCCCAGCAUCGCCUCGCUGCCGGCUGUAGGCCCGCGCCCCCACCUCUGUGCCUUCCAGUCUUUCUUUGGACACACCCACGACUCUGACCCCAUGAAGCUGGAAACGGAGGACAGCCUUUCGGCAACUUGCUGAGACUCGGAGCAGGAUUCCCAUCCCGGGUCCUCCCAGCCUCCGCGGGCCCCGCCCCCUGCCCCGCCCGCGGUUGCCCGGGGAACCACGGGCUCCUGCAGCUGCAGGAGGCGUCCGGUCCCGCUGAGCAGCACCAGCCGCUGGCGCUGCUGCUGCUACCGCCAUCUCCGCCGCUAGCUCCGCCGCUGCCACCGCGCCCAGCUCUUCUCCAGCUCCUGAGUCCUCUCCGCCCGUCAUGCCUCCCCGCCGCGCCCAGGCGCCCGGUGCCCAGCUGCUGCCCGCGCUGGCCCUGCUGCCGCUGCUGCUCGGUGCUGGGCCCCAGGGCGGCUGCUUGGCCAGCCCGGUGCCCGCCGCGCCCCUGCCUGCUCCGGGACCGUGCGCCGCUCAGCCCUGCCAGAACGGGGGUGUGUGCACCCCGCGUUCGGUGGCCGGCCAGGAGCAUCCCGCGGCAGAUGCUGAGUCCGGUUACAGCUGCACCUGUCCCGCUGGGGUCUCUGGUACCGACUGCCAGUUUGUUACAGAUCCUUGUGUCAGCAACCCUUGUCACCAUGGUAACUGCAGCAGCAGCAGCAGCAGCAGCAGCAGCAGCAGCAGCAGCAGCAGCAGCAGCAAUGACAGCUACCUCUGCAUUUGCAAUGAUGGUUAUGAAGGUCUCAACUGUGAACAGCCACUUCCCAGUGUUCCAUCCUCUGGCUGGACAGAGUCCAUGGUACCCAGACAACUUCAGCCUGUCCCUGCCACCGAGGAGCCUGACGUAAUCCUGCCCCGCUCUCAGGCAACCAUGACAUUGCCAACCUGGCAGCCAAAAACAGGGCAGAAAGUUGUAGAAAUGAAAUGGGAUCAAGUAGAGGUGGUCCCUGAUGUUGCCUGUGGGAAUGCCAGUUCCAACAACUCUGCAGGUGGCCGCCUCGUGUCCUUUGAAGUGCCACAGAACACCUCUGUAAAAAUUCGGCAGGAUGCUACUGCUUCACUGAUCUUGUUGUGGAAGGUCACAGCCACAGGCUUUCAACAGUGCUCCCUCAUAGAUGGACGAAGCGUGACACCCCUCCAGGCUCCAGGGGGGCUUGUCCUGCUCGAGGAGAUGCUGGCCUUGGGACCAAAUCACUUCAUUGGUUUUGUGAAUGAUUCUGUUGCUAAGUCCAUCGUGGCCUUGCGUUUAACUCUGGUGGUGAAGGCCAGCACCUGUGUGCCUGGGGACAGCCACUCGAAUGACUUAGAGUGUUCAGGAAAAGGAAAAUGUGCCACGAAGCCAUCAGAGGCAACUUUUUCCUGCACCUGUGAGGACCAGUACAUUGGCACAUUCUGUGAAGAAUUUGAUGCUUGCCAGAGGAAACCCUGCCAGAAUGAGGCAAGCUGUAUCGAUGCAAAUGAGAAGCAGGAUGGAAGCAAUUUCACUUGCCACUGCCUUCCUGGUUAUACUGGAGAGCUUUGCCAGUCCAAGAUUGAUUACUGUGUCCUCGAUCCUUGCAGAAAUGGAGCCACAUGUGUAUCCAGUCUCAGUGGGUUCACCUGCCAGUGUCUGGAAGGAUACUUUGGCGCUGCUUGUGAAGAGAAGGUAGACCCUUGCAUGUCGUCUCCAUGUCAGAACAAUGGUUCCUGCUAUGUGGAUGGCGUGACCUUCACCUGCAGCUGCAGCCCAGGCUUCACAGGGCCGACGUGUGCCCAGCUUGUGGACUUCUGUGCCCUCAGCCCAUGUGCUCAUGGCACAUGCCGCAGCGUGGGCACCAGCUACAAGUGCCUCUGUGAUCCAGGUUACCAUGGCCUCUACUGUGAGGAAGAAUACAAUGAGUGCCUGUCUGCUCCUUGCCUGAAUGCUGCCACCUGCAGGGACCUCGUCAAUGGUUAUGAGUGUGUGUGCCUGGCAGAAUACAAAGGAACACACUGUGAACUGUACAAGGACCCCUGUGCUAACAUCAGCUGUCUGAACGGCGGUACCUGUGACAGCGAGGGCCUGAAUGGCACAUGCAUCUGUGCACCAGGGUUCACAGGUGAAGAGUGUGACAUUGACAUCAAUGAAUGUGACAGUCACCCUUGUCAUCAUGCUGGAACCUGCUUGGAUCAGCCCAACGGUUAUACCUGCCACUGCCCUCAUGGCUGGGUGGGAGCAAACUGUGAAAUCCACCUGCAGUGGAAGUCUGGGCACAUGGCUGAGAGCCUCACCAACAUGCCCCGGCACUCACUCUACAUCAUCAUCGGAGCCCUCUGUGUGGCCUUUGUGCUCAUGCUCAUCAUCCUGAUUGUGGGUAUCUGCCGCAUCAGCCGCAUUGAGUACCAAGGCUCCUCCCGGCCAGCCUAUGAGGAAUUCUACAACUGCCGCAGCAUUGACAGCGAGUUCAGCAAUGCCAUUGCAUCCAUCCGGCAUGCCAGGUUUGGGAAGAAAUCUCGGCCUGCGAUGUACGACGUGACUCCUAUUGCCUACGAGGAUUACAGCCCCGAUGACAAGCCCUUGGUCACACUGAUUAAAACAAAAGAUUUGUAAUCUUCUUUUUUUGGGAUUAUUUUUCAAAAAAGAUGAGAUACUAAGAUCAUUUAAAUAUUUUUAAGAAAAUUAAAAAGCUUAAGAAAUUUAAAAUGUUAGCUGCUCAUGAGUUUUCAGUAGACUACCGAAGAACUAAGGUUCUGCAGCUUUUAGUUUGAAAAAAGUAUUUUAAAAAAACCAGAAUUUGUGAAAUCCAUAGACCAUGUUUUAAUGUACCUUCAGCUCUCAACACUGUCUGCUUCAACAAGUAUGGGUUCUUUUGACAGUAGACCCUACCAUGAAACCCAGAUGGACUUCUGUGGUUGUUACAGAGUAAGUCUUACAUAGGAAGAGUUUCUUGUGAUGUGUGAGUGCCGGCUUUCUGAGUAGAGUUAGGAAAAUAAGUAGAGUAUGAUGCAUAAUCCAGUAUAAUCGUUACUAUGAUGUGCCGUCUGAGAUGUCUGUUUUGUGAAAAAGAAAACUAGUUAAAUUUAUUAUUCCUAACCCGAAUGAAAUUAGCCUCUGCCUUAUUCUGUGCAUGGGUAAGUAACUUAUUUUCUGUACCGUUUUGUUGAAUUCCAAGGAAAUAAUGUUCUUUCAAGUUUUAGUCAUUUUUGUAACAAUCCUUGAACUUGACCUUGUAAACACAAACAAGGGAAGGGCCUAGGGAGGCAAAUACUGAUCAGUUUCAACCAAUUUUUUUCUUUUAAAAAUCAAGUGUUUUUCUUUUUAAUUGUAGUGGAUUAAAUUAUAUUGCAGGUGUUUCUUGCUAAGAGGUAGUGACGUGUAAGAGGUGCUGGGCCCUUCUGUAGUGUUUCUCAUAGUGCACCUUUAUUUAUACCCAAGACAUUUUUGUGGCUGUAUUUGAUUGAUAUGUGCUUCUUAUGAUUCUUGCUAAUUUCAAAGAAUAUUGAAUAAACGUUAGCAGGGCGAGGA